UUUACAGUACUUCCGGUGAAUUCCGGAAGUGUGUGACAGACUUUGUCAUUGUUUUACUGUUUUUUACUGCUAUACGAUUCUGGAAUAAUAACCGACGCUAAACUAAGGUUUUACCAAACCGUAGUUUAGUGUCGGCUAUUAUUCCGGAAUGGUAGAUCUAGAUCAUGACAUCUAGAAUCUAGAUCUAUAUCAUUAAAAAAACAGUAAAUCAAUGGAAACAUCAGUCUCACAGUUCCGGAAUCCACCGGAAGUACUCCAUCUAUUUAAAUGUAUGCAGAACAGAUUGGAAAAAUAAGCCAUGUCUUUGCAAAGUGCACUUGUGGUUAAACAGGAAUCAAGUGACCAAGCAAUAAAAUUGAUAGAUUUAAAAUCAGAAGUAACAUUGGCAGUUGCAACUUUAGAAGAUGUGAAACCAAUAUUGAUUUCAACUUCAAAUAAUAUCAAACAAAUUAUAUCAUCACAAUCUUCACCUUUUGAAGACAAGUCAAACGAAACAGUUGCAUUUUCAACUUCAGAAGAUCAACAGUCAGAUGAAACAUUUUAUUAUUCUAAAGAUAUGAAACCAAAUGUUUCAACAGAAUUUUUAAGGUGUGAUGUUAUGAAAAAGGAUAUAUUAACAUUUUCAACAUUUAAGGGCGAAAACGAAAAUAGCUUAGAUGUUAAAAGACAGCUUGAAUAUUUACCAGAUUCAGAUGCUUUUAUUGAAAAUUUCACAGUUUUAAAAUCAGAUCUUCAUCAUGAUUUAAAAGAACUCAAGGAAUUGCAUAAAGAAGUUAUUGAUAAUUUUCCAACAAUGUAUGAGCUCAGUGAUAAGGGACUGAAGACAUAUAAGUGUGAAAUGUGUUGUCAAAGAUUUACUCAUUUUGAUCAUAUUACACAACAUAUGAAAACUCACACAAGAAAGAUUUCAUAUGGUUAUGAUAUUCAUCAGCAACAAGGUGCUAUGAACAGUCAUGUAAAACAUCUUAAGAAAAUAAACAAGAAGUUUUCUCAGCAUAAAUUACAUUCUGAAGACAGAUGCAUUGAAUGUGAUGUGUGUCAUAAAAAGUUUGCUUAUAAAUCUAGUUUGUAUACACACAAAAUCAUUCACUCUGGACAUAAGCCACAUGAAUGUGAUGUGUGUCAUAAAAAGUUUACUCAGAAGAAUAAUUUGAUUAUACACAAAUAUAUUCAUGCUGGAGUUAAACCACAUGAAUGUGAUGUGUGUCAUAAAAAGUUCACUACAAAGAGUCAUUUAUCUGACCAUAAAAAUACACAUUCUAAUCUCAAGCCAUAUGAAUGUGUUGUUUGUCAAAAACGUUUCAAUCUUAAAUGUGAUUUAUCUAAUCAUAAAAGAACUCAUUUACAUGAGAAACUAUAUGAAUGUGAUGUGUGUCAUAAAACAUUUGUUCAGAGGUACCAGUUAUCUCAACAUCAAAUGACUCAUUCUGGGCUUAAGCCACAUGAAUGUGAUGUUUGUCAUAAAAAGUAUUUUCGGAAAGAUGAAUUAUUGGAACAUAUAAAGACUCAUUCACUUAUGCCUCCUGAAUGUGAUGUGUGUCAUAAAAAGUUUGCUUAUAAAUCUAGUUUAAAUAAACACAAAAUUAUUCACUCUGGACAUAAGCCACAUGAAUGUGAUUUUUGUCAUAAAAAGUAUUUUUGGAAAGCUCAAUUAUUGGAGCAUAAAAAGACUCAUUUAGGCGGUCCACUUGGGCCUCCUGAAUGUGAUGUGUGUCAUAAAAAGUUUGCUCAUAAAUCUAGUUUAAAUACACACAAAAUUAUUCACUCUGGACAUAAGUCAUAUGAAUGUGAUGUGUGCAAUAAAAAGUUUGUUCAGAGGUACCAUUUAUCACGACAUCAAAUGACUCACACUGGGCUUAGGCCACAUGAAUGUGAUGUUUGUCAUAAGAAGUAUUCUCGGAAAGAUCAUUUAUUGGAGCAUAAAAAGAUUCAUUCAGGCGGUCCACUUAGCCUUCAUGAAUGUGAUGUUUGUCAUAAAAACUAUACUCGGAAAGAUGAAUUAUUGGAGCAUAAAAAGACUCAUUCAGGUGUUCUACAUGAAUAAGUGAUGUGUGUCAUAAAGUGUUUUCUAGGAAAUCUUCUCUAUCUCGACAUUAGAAGUGUCAUUCAGGAAAUUAGCCACCUCCAUUUGAUGUUGGUCAUAAAAUUCUUGUUCACAAGGAUCACUAAUCUUUAUGAUAAAAUGAUGAGUUUUGCACCGAGGUCACAAUGUGGAGACAGAAAAUAUGACAUUUAAAAAGUUCUCACUGUCAUUAGGUGUCUUAUACAGGAUAUAAUCCUCAUCAUUCGAUUAUUUGUCAUAGAGAAUAAUAGGCCUACAAAUGUAUUGGCUAUCUAAACAUUUCAUUUUAAAGAUUAGCAGAUACAAUGUUUUUUUUUAAACUUGUUUAAUUUGUCAGAAUUUUUUCUUGUAAACAUUUGAAACAUCAGCCUGUUGUCCAUUUGUAUGAUGUCACUAAGAAUGCAGUUAAGGCAAGGUUGAAAAAUUAAUUUUGUUAAAUUAUGCAACAACAAUUCCUAAAUAGUCACACAAGAGAAAAAACACUUCAAGGAAAGAACGAAUGUCAUAAGUCAUCACAGCACAUUCGUUAUGAUUACCUUGUUUGAUAUAUAUAUAUAUAUAUAUAUAUAUAUAUAUAUAUAUAUAUAUAUAUAUAUAUAUAUAUAUAUAUAUAUAUAUAUAUAUAUACAUAUACAUAUAUAAAACAAUGAAACAAUGUUGUCUUCUACACUGUGGCAGGUUCAAUGACUUUAUUGAUUUAAAAUAAAUCUUGUACAAUGCAGUUUCAGAUAUACAUGUUAUGGACAUAUAUGUUUAUGUUAUGUUCAUACAAGUGGGUUUUUUUUAAAUCAUACAACCGCUGUUUCUCUUUUAUAAUUUCCUUUAAUCCUUUUUAUUAGUAUACUUUUUAUUAUACUUUUAAUAUACUUUUUAUUAUUUAUUUAAAUGUAUUUAAAACAUCAAAACUUUUUAUGUAUAGGCUACAAUUGUACAUAUAUAUACCAAUUAAAUAUAUAUAUAUAUAUAUAUAUAUAUAUAUAUAUAUAUAUAUAUAUAUAUAUAUAUAUAUAUAUAUAUAUAGUAAUAGAGUGAGCAAUUAAUUAUUAAGGUACUGUUAGACUAGAGGUGACAAGUUUCUGUAAAAGUGUGAAAGCGUAAGACUGAUAUAUUGAUUAUAUUUUAAUUUUCCUUGAUUUUAACGUUUAUUAAUCAAAUAUGCUUUGCAUGUUUUAUUAGUUAUUAUUUUUUCUAUCUCUAAUCUACUACUAUUUCAUUCACUUUACCAACAUGUGUUUUACAACAGUUAUGCAUUGUCACUUUUCUUUGUGGCCCUCAAACAUGGACUGAAAUUAAAAUUAUACCAUUGGAAUAUUUUUCAUUUGAUUACUGAACACUAUAAAGUGGGCGAGUGGGUGAAAGUCACUGAAAGCUUAUCUUAAAUGGCCAGCGCCUUGUUAUAUCAAAAAAUAAAUUUUCUCGAUGAACGCCGCUUUUGGGUAUUAUUGGUAAAGUGGUCAAACUGUAUUUUCCUAAUGUUGUGUUUUGGCUCUUGGAUAUAAUAUAUGUAUUUAUUUCAACCAUGGAUAUAUUUAUAUGUACUCUGUGUAUUCAAGUACUCUAUUAAACAAUGUUUUAAGUUGAAUAAUCAAGUAAUGUGAAU